AUGAAUCGCCAAGUCAUCGUUAUUUUACAUUCGCCAAAACUGACUUGUCAGAGUGAUCGAUGUCAUAAAUUGGAGGCGUUUGCUGCUGUCCCAACGACGGCAACGACGACGACAACAGACAUCGCAUGGCGCAGUUUGCUAUCACGAUGCCGCCGCCGGUUCAAACAAACAGCCAACGACCAAAGACAACAAAAACAACAACAACAUCGGCGCGAUGAAACCUCCGAAACUUCCCUCGUCGCUGUCGUCCGUUAUCUGAUUCCGUGCAGUCUGGCGGCCAAGCGCCUGCAUCCGGCAGCGGACACCCCCCUUAAUCUUGGAGCGGAACGUAAACUAAUAUUGCGCAACACCAGAAUUUCGCGACAUCACAUGGCACCCGAAAUUGCACUGCAUCUAAUCACCCAGGAAUGCAGCAUUUAUCACCAACCCAUUGGGGAGGAUUUCUGCUUUCGAACCGAACCAUUUUGGGGAUUUUUUUGGCCCGGAGGUCAAGCACUGACCAGGUUCAUUUUAGAUAACAAACAACUUUUCGCGGGCAAACGCGUUCUAGAUGUUGGCUGCGGUUGUGGUGCUUCAGCAAUCGCCGCAAGGCUAAUUGGAGCCAACGCUGCCACUGCUAACGACAUUGACCCUACCGCACUGCAGGCCGCGCUUCUCAACGCGGAACUCAACUCCGUGGACCUGGAGAUAAGCAGUCGAAAUCUGAUCGGACAGCCAUGUGACGACUUUGACGUCGUGUUGAUAGGCGAUCUUUUCUACGAUGCCGAGAUCGCGUCCGUGCUGAGCCCCUGGUUGGCCCAGUUAGCAGCAAAGCGGAAAAAUAUUUAUAUUGGCGAUCCGGGACGUCACGGAUUGACAGAGAAGCGGUUGUGGAAUAUGACGCAAUUAGCACGUUACCGACUGCCGCCGGAUGUUUGCAUCGAAAAUAACGGGUUUUCGCAUGCCAGCGUUUGGGAAUUUAAGUCGAAUAGUUGACUGUUGGGUUCAAAUGUUAUGUAAAAUUAGCAGGCAAUAAUCAUCAUUGGAAGCGCGGUACUAAGCGCUCAUCGCAAUCAGCUGAGAACCAUGACGAUAACUCAUAGGCCAAACGUAAUUUCCCGUGCAUCUGGAGCUGCUCAAGAAAAGCGGGUGGUUGCUGAUGACGAGAAAAACAAAAGCGAAUUCCGAGGAGCCUCGGUGUCAGAAGAGCGGUUACCAAGAGAUUCAUUGCUAGAUGGAUACACAGCUGGAGGUUGUAAAAGAAAAAUCAUUAGCCCAAUUGUCAGGCGUUCAGAAAGAUUAAAACGAGCAAGAAUAGAAAAACAAAUCAAUUUCAAAUGAUAAAUUAAUCCUACGACCACAGGCUAUCGAAUAAGUGUAUAUACAAAAAAAAAAAAAAACAUUAAAAAUAACUUAUAUUAGAAUUGAUUUAGCUAGUGUAAUUAGCAUUCGAACCCUAUUUAAAUUGAGAUAUUUAUAUAGAUAUUUAAAAACCCUUAUAUUAUCAGAAUUUAAAAAAAAAAUAUAAGGGAUAAGAACUGUAGUGACACGGCCUAAUAGAGCCGAUCGAUCAAGAGCAUAAGAUACAGCCUCAGAUAAAUGAGUGCUGAUCGAACAGAUUGUAGUUACCUCAAGAAUAAAUGUUCUCUUCUAGUUGAGACUCCAAACGAGUAACACGCAUUUUAUUAAUGCUAUGACCAAAAAUCGGUUCAAGGAAUUGCUCUCUUUUAUCUGGUUUGGCGAUGGAACAACUCGAGCCGAAAGGCUCAAAAUGUCGUCAAAGGGCGUUGCUCUUUCUUUAUUUACAUAAGGAGUAAGCCGGAAAAGUAUGGUAUACAAAUUCGGAUUUGUUCGUGGUUAUAUUAUGAACCAGGUACCUAUAUGAUACAAAUGCUGAAGCGCUUGUUCAGCUUCAAUUCAGUAUAUAUACAGCCAAUGUAAAACUGUUAAUGAAAUAAACUGGAAAUAGAUGUACGGGUUAAAUCGAUACGUAUGCAUGAAUGUCAAGAUAGACGAAUCGUCAACGCGUUCUACCAGCAACCUCAUGAGCAUGAGUUCGAGAUUCGCAGUAAAGUAAUUGGAUACUAAAAAGAUGAUUUUCACUAACAAUAAUAUAAAAAUAAUUGAUAAAAAAUACACACACACAAGUGCAAAAAUGUGUUCAAAUCGCCUAAACAAUAAACAAAUUGUUUAAUUAAGGUGGAAGCGUGUUGAACCCAUAAAUGGCCGACUUCGAGCCACCACGUGGUCGACUUCGAAUUUUCAAAUGCAGUAAUAGCUGAUACGUCACUUGUGAAAACAUAUCAUCAUGUUUGUUAGAAAACAUAAGAAAGUGUUUUUGUAGAUAAAGCAUUAACUAUUCCCGAGUAUAGUGGCACUGAAAAUUCGUAGCCGACCACGUGGUGGCUUCUACACACUACCACCUUAAGACGAAUAUAAAUUUUGAAUUAUAUUUAUCGUAGCUGUAAUAAAACUAAAAAAGCACUUUUUCAGAGAGACAGAAUGUACAAUUUUAACUACGAAAUCGUCAUAUAGGCACUUAUUUAGGCUAUAAGCUACUGUUGGCUGUAAAAGAGUUUUUCUACAAGCUGUACAAAGAAUCAUUAAUCGCUUCUACAGAAUCGAUCAGUAUGUAUAAAAGUUGUUCAAAUGGCUGAGUUAUUUCUUAUUAAACCCUUGAUCGGCUAUUUAGGAAGUCGAAUGUACCAAGUAGCUGAUUUAGUUCUCCAAAACCGACUGGUUAGAAGCUGAUUGAACACCCUAAAAAAAAAUUAUUCGACCUAUGUUCAGUCGUCAGCUGAAUAAGAUUAGUUAUAAAAGAGCUUAGCCAAAAAAUGUUUCUUGGCUAGUUGCGUACCUAGUACAUGGAAAGAAAUGCAAUCUACGGCCAAAUAUAAAAAUAAAAACGUCUCCAGAUGCGCUUGUUGCCCUUUCUCUGGCCCCACGAGUCGGUGAUAGAGUGGUUCGAAGUCAACAAUGUUGUUUUUAUGCCAAAGGAGGCAAAUCCACCGAACUUGCCAGAACUUCCCCAAAUAGGAAAAUUCUGGGCGAUUAACAAAAGCAAGCCCCGGAAACAGGAAAGAUCGUCAGAAACGACUAUAAUUUGAGGAAAAAGUGGAUGAAAGUGUGUGAAAAAGAUGGCGCAAGUGUCGUCAAGUCAAAGACGUGGGCUUUUAGCUUAGAAAUGCAAAAA